AUGAGCACUCCCGCCGUGGCAGCAACCACCAUCCCCGAACCCACCAACACCAAGCCCAUCAUGAACUCCACCGUCACCCCCGUCGACAUCGAGACCGAUGGCCCCCUCUUCCCCUCCUCCCUGAUCUCACCCGAAAUCAUCUCCAUCCUCCCAACAGACUAUACCAUCCGCCCACUGCGUCGCUCCGACUACAAGCGCGGGUACCUGGAUGUCCUGCGCGUGCUGACGACCGUCGGCGAGAUCAGCGAGGACCAAUGGAACCAGCGCUAUGACUGGAUCGCUUCCCGCAACGACGAGUAUUACAUGCUUGUCGUGUGCGAUGGGCAGGAUAACAUCGUCGGUACUGGCAGUUUGAUUGUGGAGCGCAAGUUUAUUCACUCGCUUGGUAUGGUGGGCCACAUUGAGGAUAUUGCGGUCGAGAAGAAUCAGCAGGGCAAGAAGUUGGGUCUGCGGAUUAUUCAGGCUUUGGAUUUUGUUGCUGAGAAGGUUGGCUGCUACAAGAGCAUUCUGGACUGCUCCGAGGCCAACGAGGGCUUCUACGUCAAGUGCGGCUUCAAGCGUGCCGGUUUGGAGAUGGCUCACUACUACUGA